AAUGUUGUGAAUCGGCAGACAAUUUUACGAAAACUAAAAAAUGGUCAAAGCGAAGAGCAUACCACGUUGUUACCUGUGCAACUGCACAUUUAAGGACAAUAAGGUAUACGAAAACAUGUUCGACCAGCGCUACGACGUGGACGGCAUUGAGCAGAACACACUAGCCAACAUUUUGGCGAUGGUCCUGGGCUAUCAACUGCAGGAGGAGCAGCUUCACUCCACGUUUGUUUGCAGCACCUGCAAGGUGAGCCUGCUCAACUACGAAGCAUUGGAGAAUCAAGUGCUUGCGGCUCGGCUGGAAAUAAAAAAUAUGCUCAUGUUAACACUUGAGCUAAAUGAGACUCUAAUUACGAAAACGGGGGAGGAGGAUGAGUUUCUGGACGAAAACGACGGCUUACUCGAAUGA